AUGACACAUAUCUUUUUCCUUUUAAUCCCAGGAAGCACUUCCAGCGUAGACAACUGUCCGUCUAAGCUACCACGGGACAAGUUCUUACAGUAUUUUCAAGGCAUCUGUUACGAGUUUGCUGUGACAACAUAUCGUCAUUUCUAUACUGCCACAAGAGAAUGCUCACAGAAAGGUGGACUUCUGGCUCUAAUCAAGUCGGAAGAGAUUAAUUCUUUUAUUCAAACAGAGCUUCAUGAUACCUACAAUGAGCGGUAUGACACGUGGAUAGGUCUGGACGACGCAAAUGGAGAGAAAAAAUUCACCUGGGCCGACGGUAGUGAUGUAAAGUACGAAAACUGGGCACCUAACGAAGGCGAGAGGUUUCAUGCCGGAAUAGAUGCUUGCGCCACAAUUGAUCCUGUCAAUGGGACUUGGAUUGAUUACCCCUGUAAAGGAUAUCGUUUCGAAGAAGUGAAACCUUACAUAUGCCAGUUCAACGUCAUUCAACCUUCCACCACCCAAGCUCCAAACACCCAAGCACCAACCACAGAGGAGUUGACUGUGAGAAUGGUUACAUAA